AUGGAGGUUUACAUGUACCUCGAUGUUGGAAAUGGCGAUGAAAGUGGAUAUGAACCGAACGAAAGGGAAAAUCAUAUUUUCCCAAACUGUUGGCUUACGGAUAUCGUAGAAGACGUUUGUCAAGAAGAACGCACCACAAGUUCACUAAUCGUUAUACCGAUUUCUGUAUUUGUGUGUAUUUCAGUUCACUACAAAGACGCAGCGAUUGCACGACAUGGAGUACAUCGAUACCGAUUCGACAUCGGUAGGAUACCUCAGGGUGAGACGGUGACGUCAGCUGAACUGCGCGUCUUUCGCGACUCACGCGGACAGGGGAGCUCGUUGUAUCGAAUAGAUGUGCUCCAGCUUAGAGAACGGGGGAGUGAUGGAUCCCGGUCACAUGUAUAUCUUGACAGUACCAUUGUAGGCCCGGGUGACCAUGGAUGGUUGGUCUUUGAUAUGACGUCAGCCACGAGUACAUGGAGGACUUAUCCAGGAGCUAACGUGGGUCUGCAGCUCCGCGUGGAGUCUUUACAAGGUUUGGAUAUUGAUCCCACCGAGGCAGGGGUGGUCGGCGUAGGUAACAACGAGGGUCGAGAGCCUUUCAUGGUGGUAUUCUUCCAGCGCAACGAGGAGGUGGUUGCGGCGACUUCAUCCCAUCUCAGACGUAGUCGUCGAGCAGCGAGCCGACAAAAGAAAAGCGGGAAGAGGCCCAGAAAACCCGACACGGAUAAUGAUGUCACAUCCAGAGAUUUUAAUGCUCGACUUCGCAAACGGAAGCGGCUUUGCAAACGCAAAUCCAUGUUCGUCAAUUUUGAAGACCUCGACUGGCAGGAAUGGAUCAUCGCGCCACUCGGAUACGUCGCUUUCUACUGCCAGGGCGAAUGCGCCUUCCCCCUCAAUGGGCAUGCCAACGCAACCAACCACGCGAUCGUCCAGACACUCGUCCACCACAUGAGCCCGAACACCGUCCCCCAGCCCUGCUGCGCCCCGACCAAACUCAGUCCGAUCACCGUACUUUACUACGAUGAUAGCCGCAACGUCGUCCUCAAAAAGUACAAGAAUAUGGUGGUCCGUGCCUGUGGUUGCCUUUAGCAACGGACCAUACAUGGAUAAUGACAUUCAUUGUUUUUCUUUAAAAUAUGACUUUUAAGGAGCCAUGGACAGAAAGAACUUUAACCUCGCCAACAUAGAAGGGUGUAACGUUGUGGAGGGUAUUUAUUGAAAGUUGAUAAUCAUAUUUCUAGGUACGGUAUAUUAUUACAUGGUCCAUCGAUUAUACUAUUGAAAUUGUUUCGUUAAAAGUAACCCUUUUUAAUUCUUGCAUAUAUAAUAGGCCUAUAUUCAUAUUUUUAAAUCCAGCAACCAACUGCAUUUCUGUUGGCCUAUAAACGUUAAUAUUUGGUAUUUACAGAUUAUGCGGCUCAUAAUGACUUGUAUUCGUAUAUUAGAAGGUCAAUUUCUUUAUUUUUAAUAUUUAUACGUUAUUACGAUUUUAAGAACAUUCUCUCCCUCUCUUUCUUACUUUCUGUGUUAAUAGGGGUUGGGAAGGUUACUGGAAUGAUGGCUUCACCCCCUCCCAUUUAAAAUAUCCAAGAUCAUUUUAUAGUUACAAAACCCAACACAACUCUCUUUCCAAUAUUCCUUCUAUCUUUCAAUACUUCUUUCUUUUCCCUUUUUUUCAUUAAAGAAAUCUAAUCUUUCAAAAACAAAACAAACCGGGGCGACCGUUCAUUGCGUUCAUCACUCUCGCACCAACCUUGCAUGACAGUGCUUAUUCGUUUUUUUUUUUUUGGGGGGGGGGUGGUCUUUGGUCGGUCGUUAUUGAAAUAAAUGUCAUAAUCAGAAGAGACCGCUUGUAAAAAAAUACAUUUACACGUAUAUAGGCUGACGAGAUUUUUUAUCAGAAUUGUUGAAAUCUUAGAAUAUAAGUGCAGAAAUGGUAUAACCCUCAUGUGGAAUGUGAUAAAAGCGUAGACGUGUUCGUGGCAAUUUGGACAUCUACCUAUGUCAAGUAUGUGAUCUUAGAUAAUUUCCUUUUCUAAUGUAGAGUUGAGAAAAUUUGCCAAGCCAAGCACUUAAUGGGGUAGGUGUUGGCCAUAAUGCGAGAGUAUUAAACUGGCGAAGGCUACGCUAUUUUCAAUAAUCAUAUGAGUUGCUAUUAUGAUUUGAGAUAAAAUAUUUUGCAGUAGUCAUUGUUUGGGUGUGGCAUAUGGGUGAAUUCACGGAAGGUGGGUGCCGGAAGAAUUGAUAAGCUUCCGGGUCAUCUUGUAUUCGUGGUCAAUCCGCCCGUCCAUUUGCAAAUUUAAGAAGUUAAAUGUGUAAUGAAGUUAUGCAUUUCCGGUGUUACCAUUUUCGAGCGCAUAAAUGUAAUAAAAUUUUAGAAAUAUGCAUGGGGAGCGCGUUUCAUGAAUUUUAAUGGAUUUCAAGAUGAAGACAAUUUACAGUCAUGAUGCCUGUCACUUCAAUUGGUUUGCUUUAUUGCAAAACAGUAAAUAAAGAUGAAUAAAGGUUACUAGACGUAACAAAUUAUUAGACAAUGAAUAAUAAGUGAAUGAAUAAGUGAAUCAAUUGAAUACAUAAAUGGUCCUUAAUUAAAUAUUGAUUAGUAACUAAAGGGAAAAUAAAGAUCGAUUGGAUACAUAUAUAACGGGUGUAAUAUGACCAUUUUCGUCUAUUUCAUAAAAACCUGAUACACUUGUGCUCAGAAGUUAGUGAACCCUACCUUAAAAUGCAAACCUUCAGGCUGAGUGUUGAAUAUAGACAAUAACACUAUAAUGUUUGGUGAGUCCCAGAGAAACAAACUACAUGUAAGAUUUUAUCACCUGACUUCACAAUAAAAUAUCUAAAACAUGGCAGAACUCAAACACUUAAAAUCUUCAUUUUCUGGUGGGUUCACUAACUUUUUAGCACCACUGUAUAUAGACGGAUCAGCGUUUCAAUUUUUCAUCAAAAUUAAAAUAUAGGUAAUUGUCAAUCUAGUAUUUUGUGAAUAUUACUGAAGAUGAAAAUGGAUAUUUGAUGAAUAUAGAUGAAUAUAUGAAUAUAAAUGAGUAAUUUGAAUUAUGUAAAUGAAUGAAUAUAAAUUAAUGAAUAAAGAAGAGGUAACACGAGCGUUGUCUUUCCCUUAUACAUUUAAGUGGUUCAUUGUUUCAAUUUGUAAUUAAAAGAAGAAGAAUAGUCAUUGCCUAUUUUGAUUUUGAGGAGAUUUAAAACUAAAAUAGACCUUUAUGUUAUAGAAUAUUAUUGAUGUAUAUAUAUUUGGUUGAAGAAAAUUUGUCUAGAUAUCGUUGAGAUAUCCCCCCUCCCGGUCGCUUUCACUUGAUUUUUCACUUCCCUUGGUAGUGAAAAAUCACUCGAUUUGGAAUGAAGUUGGAGUGUAGGUGUGAAUUUUUCAAACAGAUUUCAUUGUAUUAAGGAUGAUAUUUACUCAACAAGUGAAAGUCACUCCAAACCUAGUGGAAUAUUAUUCACUUCCACCGAAGAGUGAACUAUUCACUCGAUUUGCCUUAAGGAGUACAAGAAAAGUGUUCCAGAGUAAUCUUAAGAUUCUCCUGUCAUGCUGUAUUUAUACAAACAGAAUUGCCUCUUCUAUUACAUCUAUCGGUAGAUCAUGUAUUCUUUCUAUAUAGGAGGGCAUGUAAUACAAAUUUUCAAAGAAUACAUUAGCAAAGAGACAUUUUGGGGGUAUUUUAUAGUCCGCCAAAGGGAAAGUUGUUCACAUGUGACAUCACCACUGAUAUACUAAUGGUAUUCGGAUUCGUGGACAUCACACAUCUUUGUCGCAUCGCCAAUAUAGGAGGAUCUCCAUAGCAUUAGUGACUGUAAUAUUCAAAUACUCGUAACUUUCUCAUUAUUUGUCUGAUUUUUCUCAAAUUUUCUCUGUUCUCAUUCUUUGAUUUGUCUGUUUCCACACAAGUCGACAUGUUGCAAAGUUUUCAUUCCCCUUUAACGAAUUUCAUACUUUGGGCGAUUAAACUUAUUCAAGGUUAAAUGCUCACUCUUCCACCCACAAUGAGGCAGCCCAUCUGAGAUCAAGAUAUCCAAAGGCCUAUACAUUCACAGGGUUCGUACGCCCCAUUAUAGAUAUUGGCGUCGUGUAUAUAUCUUUUGUCUGAUAUAAUUAUCCUACAGAAUGAUAUUUAUUGUGUAUAUAGUUAUUUCAUAAUCUUGUUAUUUUUUACAUUCGGAAAAUCAUCACGUUUUAUCGAUCGCACAUUUUAAAAUCGAACAUUUUCAUGUAAAUGUCUCGUCAAUGUGGUUCACUUGAGUGUGCCUAAUUAAACGUGACAUAUCGCCUGUAUACUCUUGUAUAUAUUUAUGCUAUUUUAUCCCGAUUUUAGAGGGAAGAAAAACUAUCAAAGACUUUUAGCCCUAUAAACUCUAAUUAGUUGUUUGUAUAUUUGUAUGCAAAUGAACAUAAAUAUGCAUAACCCUGCCGGAAAUAUUGUAUAUUUAUAUGCUUUUAUGAUUAUGUUUAGAAUCGAAUUUUAUUUGACUGUUAUUAAUUCAGUAGAGCUGUUCAUUCUGUUAAUAUUUGGAUAAUAAUCUGUUGCAAUUAUUUUAGAUGCCCAUAGGCCUACGGAAUUGCUUUACCAUUUGUAUUUUAAACAAAUUUGGCACCGCCAUGGGCGGAUCCAGGAUUUCAUCGAUUAGGGGCACAUAAAAUAGGUCGAUUUGCUGAGAAAAUAAAAGAAAUUCAAGUCUUCUUCAAGAAUGGGCGUAAUUUCACAUCAAAACAAAAUUAUGGCCCGAGUCUCUGCUCAGGAUGUCAGUAUUGAUAUUUUCUUUUAGGAACUAGUCAUUUUUUAAGACGUGGUCAUUGAUUAAUGUGGAUGUAUUGCAAAUUAUGAUGAAAAAUAGAGCGUAUUAGUAUAUAAUGGUUUCCAACCAAGAUUGAAAAAAAAAUAAAAGGACCAAGCUCCUCUUUGUGUAUAUUGGUUGAGAAAAUCAAUUGAGAAAAUGCUUCAAAACAUCGAUUUUAUUUCACCCACGUAGAAACACAUUGAUUUUGUAAUAUUUGUAUACAUUUUUUAAAAAUCAUUUUUAUUCGAUAUGAUAAUUGCGAACCUAUUUUGUUUAAAUGGAGUAAUAGCUGACGAAUUUACAUGUUUUGGGAAAUUUGAGACCCGACGAAGCAAAAUAAUUUUAUGAUUAAAAUAAUGUAUAGUUAAGAUAAUCCAUGGGAGCAACAUCUCGUCUCAGGAGCAAAUUUAUUGGAAUCGGCGAAAAUUAUUUAUUCCAUAUAAAUUAUUUUAAAAAAUGCCCCUGAUAUUUUGUUUCUUAAAUCGCAAGAAUAAAAUCCUCCUGGUCAUUCAGUAGUCGUGAUCCUUGGCACGUAUAAUUAUGCAAAUGUAAGAAUGUAUGAUUUUUCUGUUGGUGAAUUCAUAUUAUUUUUGUGGCGAAUUAAAUAUGAUCUAGAAUAUUGUACGAUAUUUCUUGUCAAAUGUACAGAAACAGAUAAUACGCAAUGUAAAUUCAAUAAAACAUUUGGAAAUCAA